UUGGAUACUGCGCGUUUUGGAUGGACUCCUCAAUUGUUAGAAGGCUGAAUGUGAAUUCAUGCAAAUAUUCAGCCACUCCAGGAUAUACAUAAGGCGCGCACAGUCGCGAUGGAUUCGUUUAACGCCAGCGGAAUGGACGCGUUCACGGUGAUCCAUCUGAAUUCCUCCUGGAGUCUGGACAGUGGAUAUUCUCUAGCAGCGAUAGCCAGCAUUGCGGCUCUUGUGAGUUUUCUCAUUCUGUUCACCGUGGUUGGGAAUAUUCUGGUGGUUAUUGCGGUGCUGACGAGCCGGGCGCUGAAAGCCCCACAGAACCUGUUUCUGGUGUCUCUGGCCACCGCGGACAUCCUUGUCGCCACUUUGGUGAUGCCGUUUUCUCUGGCGAACGAACUUAUGGGCUACUGGUAUUUCGGAAAAGUUUGGUGCGGCAUUUAUCUGGCUUUGGAUGUUUUGUUCUGCACUUCUUCUAUUGUUCAUCUGUGCGCAAUAAGCCUGGACCGCUACUGGUCCGUUACGCAGGCUGUAGAGUACAACCUGAAGCGGACUCCCAAACGCAUAAAGUGCAUCAUCAUCAUCGUGUGGCUCAUAUCUGCUUUCAUCUCCUCUCCGCCACUCAUCUCUAUAGACAGCAACAAGGACCUCAGCUCCCUGCCUCAGUGCGAGCUCAAUGAUGACACUUGGUACAUCCUCUCCUCCAGCAUUGCGUCCUUCUUCGCCCCGUGCAUAAUCAUGGUGCUGGUGUACAUCAGGAUAUACCAGGUGGCCAAAACCAGAACCAGAACCAUGUCUGGGAAAAUCCCCAGGCCAGAUGGAGAGACACAAACUGAAAAUGGACUGAGCAAAGCCAUCUCCCCUUACCAUGGCGAGAGGGAGAACGGCCACUGUCAGUGCCCGCCUACGCCCAGCCAACGCACCGACACCAUCAUGCAACAUACUGAGGAUGGGGACAUGGAGGAGAGUUCCUCCUCAGAGGGCAAAGGUCACAAGCCCCAGCAGCAGGAGGACUCCCUGAAAGCCAAGAGGGCCAGCCAAAAGAAAAUCAGCAAACAGUGCAGUCGCAUCGCCAGGGUCAGCAACAAAUCCAUGGACCUCUUCACCUCCAGGAGGAAGCGCCGCCGGAGCUCCUUUGCCAGGAAAAAGGUCUCGCAGGCCAGGGAGAAGAGGUUUACAUUUGUCCUGGCGGUGGUCAUGGGGGUGUUUGUAGUGUGCUGGUUCCCCUUUUUCUUCAGUUACAGCUUGCGCGGUGUGUGCAGGGAUUCCUGUAAGAUCCCCGACCCCCUGUUUACAUUUUUCUUCUGGAUUGGCUACUGUAACAGCUCCCUUAACCCGGCUAUUUACACCAUCUUUAACCGAGACUUCAGACGCGCCUUCCAGAAGAUCCUCUGCAAGUCGUGGGCAAAAUCCUUUUAGAUGGGAACUGCUGCACCACCGUGACAAUGACUAGAAAAUAUCAACGUUAAAAAAAGAAGCCAGCACUUGUUGCUCACUAUUAAGUCUCAUUGUUCUGUUGUAAUUCAGUCAUGACAGUGCACUCCUUCAACCCCCUGCUGUGUGUUCCUACAAGCUACUGUAUGAUCCCAUUACAGGCUUUAGCAGUCUGAAUAGUGAGCUCCCCCUUUCUUUUUUAUCCUAUACUGAAGUGUGCUUAAAUGCUUAAAGGCGUUUCAUUCUUGAUCAAGCUGUUUAUACAUCAAAAAGAAAAUGCACACAUGGCCGGAUUUAGCUGCUCUGGGGCCGCAGGGCAAAAACAAGCUCAAAAGCCCCCCUAAACACCCCUUAGCUGCUACCAUUCACUUUGCAGGUUAUUAUAAAUGUCUGUGCCACAGUAUCAGUCGGCCACAGAUUUGAUUUAAACUAACAAAGGCCUAAUCAUUUCAACAUUGUCAUCAUACAGUACAUAAGCACCAAACUGAGAUCAUUUAGAACUCGACACAUGGGAUCCUUUUCCAGGCGGAGCCUCAGAUUACAUUUUGGAUAAUAAAAUGCUUUUUUUGCUUUUUAAUGGAGAAAAUGAAUGGUAAAAACAAUUAUUUAUGCUAAGCUAAUUUCUGAUUUCAACCAAGAGAGAAGCGUAUUUCUCAAAAUGUCAAACUAUUAUUUCCAAAUAUGUUGAUUGAGCCAAUACUAAGGCCCUUUAGCAUGUCAAUGUGUCAAAAAUCAGUUUGCGCACAGUAAGCUUAUAGAGGUCAAUGGGCCCCUGCAGUUCUGGGGUUUCUACUCAGCCGAGGUUGAUAACCCUGUAUACACACACAGGGCAGUGUUUUCCAGCCCUUCACCUGAAUAUGAUCCUGUGACCCCUCCUCAUAUGUGCUUAAUAUGUUGACAAGCCCUAACCUCAGUGACAUUUAGUCAAUUAUUUAUUUUGAAUAUUGUUGGAAGCCUGAAAGACUUAAACUCUAAUAUCUAGUAUUUCACUAACAACAGAAUCAUUAGAGAGUCAUUAGGGAUAAAUUAAUAAAUGAUCCUUUAGAUUUAUUUUGGACCCCAUAUAUGGGGUCUAACCCUCUUACUAUGGCAGACAAAAUCACUACAACAGUCUCUGAUCUGAUCUCUGACUGGACCAUAGAAUCAAGAUGGCACUGAGAAGGGCUGACACUCCAGGCUAUAAGCUAAUUAUUUUUAUGACGUUAUGUUCACAGUGGCCAUAAAUGACAAAGUAUUAAGGAACAAAUUUGCUUUUCAUGAAACUACCUCUCUGCCUGUAUAGUUUUUGUUGUUUGUUUUCACAUUGACAUUUUUACAAGUGUGGUACAAAUACUUCCUCUGCUUAAGCUGUCUGCU